GUACAUAUUUACUUUUCACAAUAAGCUGUUUAUUGUUCACUUUACGUUCCAGAAAGGUUCUUUUAGGAAAUAUAACUUCAUGUUUUUUAUCAGUGAAUUUUACAUAGAGAUUUACAUUCAUAAUGAAAGUACUGUAAUCAUGUAAGUGAUGUAAAACAAUAGUUUAUUGUAAAUUAAAUAACUUAAAAAGUAGAAAGCAUUGUAAAGCACCAAUCAUACACAAAUUUUUAAUUUUUUAAUUUUGUCACUGUUCGAAAAUAUAGCUACUGUAGUUUCUCCAAUAUUUAAAAUGCUGCAGUAGGAAGUGUUUCAUAAUUUUAUAUUAAAAUAAAGCAGAUGGCGCUUGUUCCCGAAUCACGGAUUCAUAUUCCCUCCAAAAUAAAAGCAUGUAGUCUUGUUAUAUCUGUAGUUUCUAUUACUAGUAUUAUCAUUGACUAAGUUAUGUUUUCAAUCAAUGAUAUUAUUUAGUAAUAAUUAAUUAAAUUUUUAAUCAAUUUCUUUUUGUAAGAAAUGGAAACAGUUCGUCCAUGUGGUUGUAAAGGCAUAAGGUCUUGUCUUAUUUGCGAAGCCGAAUAUAAUAUUGUGAAACCUGAUUUUAAAUCUUGUUUAGAGAAAUGCUCCAGUUAUGUGUACUGCCCUCUUUGUGAUAAAUCGUGGCCUGGGUGGGAUGCUGAUUUAUAUAAAACUCAUCCAAAUCAUCAGGGGAAAGCCAUAGAAUAUCCUGGUGUAUAUAUACAGUUAGAUUUCCUGAAUUCUUGUGAGAUUACUUCAUUGGUAAAAGAACUUGACAAUAUUCCUUGGGAAACUUCUCAAAGUGGAAGAAGGAAACAGAACUUUGGUCCAAAAUGUAAUUUCAAAAAAAGAAAGCUUCGUUUGGGUUCCUUUAAUGGAUUUCCAAAGCCUACAAAGUUUGUACAAGAAAAAUUGUCUAAGGUGCCCAUACUUGCUGAUUUUCAAACAAUAGAACAAUGUACUCUAGAAUAUGACCCUUUACGAGGAGCUUCAAUAGAUCCACAUAUUGAUGAUUGCUGGAUUUGGGGUGAAAGAAUAGUUACAGUUAAUGUUAUGGGAAACUCAGUUUUAACAAUGACUCCCUAUCAUGGUUUGGAUACAAAGUACAAUUUAAAAAGCAUUACAGAAUAUUCUACAACAUGCAAGGAUUUGAAAUUUGAUGUAGAAAGUGAAGACGAUAAUAAUGAUGAUAUAGUGGUGAGACUCCCAAUGCCAGAGGGAUCUCUUAUGGUUCUUUAUGGUUUGGCAAGGUACUCAUGGGAACAUUGUGUUUUGAGAGAAGAUAUAACAUCUAGACGAAUUUGUUUGGCUUACCGUGAAUUUACACCGCCCUAUUUAAAUGAUACAUUAAAAAAUGAAGAAGUUAGGGAGAUUUUAAAACGAGCUUUAAUCUUUCAGUGAUGUACAAAUCAAAAUUUAAGAACCAUAUAUUUCAACAAAACAUGUAAUAUUAAAACUGUAAGAUAUAUUUAAUUAUACAUUUCAUUGUAUUUACAGAAAUAUAUUAAAUCUUUUAUACACAUUACCUACAACUGUAGUUCUAUAUAAAUAUAACAUAACAUAAGUUAAAAUUAUUAUUAUAAAGAAUUUAAAGUCAAAGUAAAUGAGUAAUAUUAAAUGCAGAGAAGAUUUACAGAAGUGAAUUUUUGGUAACAAACGUUAAACUAAAAAAUGCAGUAAACAACAUUUACUAUAAUAUAGAAUUACUCAUUUCCAAAUUUGUAAACAAUUAAAAUAUAUAAAUAUUUUAGAAAAAUGGAAAA